CUGCAGCUCGGGGUCCCUCCCCCUCCCCUCCCCCCUCAUCGCCGCCGUCACCGCCCUGGCCCGGGGGGGGGAGCAGCAGCUCCAGGCCCUGGAGGUGCUGGCGGCGCUGGGCCCCGCCCAGGUGGGGGAGGGGCUGCUGGAGGCCCUGGAGCUCGCGCUGCCAUUGGCCGAGGACGGCGACAGCGACGCCACCAGGGUCACUUUGGCGCUGCUGGCGGCCGUCUCGGAGCUGUUGGGGGAGGGGACGGCGCCGCUGCUGCCGCGGCUGCUGCCGCUCCUGCAGGGGGCGCUGCGGCCCCCGCCGCCCCCAUCCGACGCCCCUGAUUGGCUGCUCAAUCUCGAUGACGACUACGAGGGGGCGGAGCCUAUGGAGGACGACGCAGUGGAGUGGGCGGAGACUCAGGAGGUGGAAGUGGGCGGAGCUUUCCCCGGAUUGGCCGAGGCGGCGCUGGGGGCGUUGGGGGAGCUGGCGGAGAACUGCGGCUCCGCCUUCCUGCCGUACCUGGAGCCCUCCCUGGCGGCCAUCUUGGAUCUGACCCAGUUCCCCCAGUGCGAGGUCCGAGGCGCCGCCUACGAGGCCCUGGGGAGCCUCUGCUGCUGCGGGAGGGAGCCCCAGACUGACCCCUCCCCCCUCCACCAGGGGGCGCUCCAAGCCCUCCUGGGCGGGGUCCGGAAGGACCCAGAAGUGGGCGGGGCCUUGGGGGCAGUGGGCGGAGUCGGGCGGAUCCUGCAGCCGCCAGGCCACGCCCACAAGGACUGGCUGGAGCCCAUUGGACGAGCUCUGUGUGACGUCAUCGCCGGAGAGAUCGCCUGCCUGAGAUCGCGGGGGGACGACGAGGACGAGACCUCCCAGCGCGCCGAGCUCCGCGAGACGGCCUCCGAUUGGCUGCCGGAACUGGGCGUGGCCAUGGCCCGAGAGGGCGUGGCCGGCACCGGAGGGGGCGUGGCCUUCCCGCCCCGCCUCUUCCGCCGCAUCCUCCCCGCCCUAUUGGCCGCCCUGGCUGACCCCGCCCACCCGGGGGCGCGGUCGUGGGCGGCAGCCGUGAUUGGCCAGCUGGGCCACGCCCUGGGGAGGGAGGCCACACCCUUUUUGCCGGAUCUGGGCCCUGCGUUCCGAUUGGCUGUCGGUGACGCCGACGACGAGGUCAGGGCCAACGCCUUCUACGCCAUUGGUCGGAUCGGGGAGGCCGUGGGACACGCCCACCAGGAGGGGGCGUGGCCGGGGGCGGAGCUUUGCUGCCACGCCCUCCGGGCCGGGGGGGAGGGGCCAGGGCGGGUCCGGGACAACGCGGUGGGAGCGCUGGUGCGGCAGCAGGGGGCGCCCUGCCAGCAGGUGCUGCCGCUGGUGCUGGGGGCGCUGCCGCUCUCGGCCGAUCUGUCGGAGGAGGAGCCGGUGCUGCGCUUCCUGCUGGGGGCGGGGCCUGAGCCGCUGCGGCCGCUGCUCCCGGAGCUGCUCCGAGGCCUCGGCCCCGCCCUGGCCCUGCAGCGGCUGCAGCCAGAUCUCAGCCAAUCACUGCUGGCGCUGCUCCGCCAGCUGAGCGGGGCCGACCCCCAGCGCUUCCGGGUGGGCGUGGCCUCGCUGGACCCCGCCCACGCCGCCAUCUUGGGCGGGAUGCUGGAUGACGUCAUCGGCGGCCAAUAAAGAUGGAGGACGAUGGGAAAGGGGGCGUGGUUUAUUCUCCUGUGGGCGGGGCUUAAAAAAUUUCGAGAUUUUUCGGAACUUCCCCAAAAAUUCUGCCCCAAAAUUCCUGAAAUUCGACCCAAACCGACCCAAAAAAAUGUAAAAUAAAAUUUGUAGACACGAAAUUAUAAAAUUUA